AUUAUUAUUGCGUUGGGACCGUGUGCUAUUGCUGAAACUUGUAAGCGGGCGAUACCACUCGCUACUACGAAAGUACGAAUUCUCGUUCGUUACUCAAUACUCAAUAGUUUCUACUACUGGUGGUGGAUUUCAACGUUAACUCAUACAUUCUGCAGGCCGCUUGUCUGCUGUUUUUUUUUUGUUGUCUACGAGACGUACGGUCAUCAAAUCGCCGGCGCCCAGUUGUGUCAGUGUGUGACAUCGCGUUUGUUUGAUAUUUUUCUACCGCUCCAAACCGUACCGCGUGAUCAUGGCCGGCAGGAGUGCAUUCAGUGACUUCGACAGCAGCAGUUUCAACAAACCAUUACCCAGUAGUCCACCAUAUGUGGCUUAUCUGGGAAAUCUACCGCAAAGAAUAACACAAGGAGAUCUUGAAGAUCUAUUUAUUCAAAAUAAUUUGCAAAUUAGAAGUGUGCGAUUGGUUCAUGAUAAAGAGACUGAUAUAUUCAAAGGUUUUGGCUAUGUUGAAUUUGUCACUUUAGAACAGCUGAAAGAUGCUCUUCAAAUGGACGUCUUUAUUGAAGGACAAAAAAUCAAAAUAGAUGUUGCAUCUGGAAAACGAAAUGAAAGAGCAGGUUUUGAUAGAGGCGGAAGAGGUGGUAGAGGUGGUCCUCAAGGAAGUUUUAACCCUGGAAUGCGCAGUAGGUCUGAUGAUUUUACUCAAAAUGCAGGUUUUUCUGGUGGUAAUUUCCGUCAUCAAAAUGGUGGUGGAAUGGGUGGACGAGGUAAUUUCAUGGAACAGUCUGGAGGAGGCAUGCACAGGUAUCCAGACAGUGGUUCACGAGACUUUAAUCGACAAGGAAGUGGUUCACAAUUUCCAGGAGGAAGUCGUAGUGAGCGUAGACCAGAUUUUGAAAGUUUACCACCACCACCAAAUGAUCCUGGUAGGCCUAAAUUACAAUUGCAACCAAGGACCAUAAAAGAACCAUUGAAUCAAUUGGCAAAUUCUACUCAACAUUCUAGUAUAUUUGGAGGAGCAAAACCUCGUGAAGAGAAAUCACUUCCUGACGUUGUGAAGAAAACCUCACCAUCACAUUAAUACAAAUAUAAUUAUUUUGUGCCAGAUAACAUUCUAAUGGACAUUGCUUUACUGUUUACAAGAACUUGUGGUUUUUUUUUUUACAUUUUAUCAUUUUUAUACAUACCUAUAGCAAACAAAAAGGUUUUAUGUGUAUGUUGGCAAUAAGUUUAUUACCUUCACAUAAAUUGUUGUAAUGUUCAUAAGCAAAACUUUUGUGCUCUUUGAGCAUAACGUUCACUAAAGUAUGUAU